CCGAUCUCUUCUAAAAAUCGUGGCGGUAGUAUCGUGAUAACAUGUGUAAUUUCAGAGUCGAAAGCUGCCCAGAUCCUUACGUAAUACCGCAUCCAUCUCAGAACAUCAUCAACCUCGACUUGGUAGUUUGUCCUGCUCCAGCAGGAUCCCCACAAAAUUCGAGAAAGACCACUCCAGAUCCCGAGUCUAAUCCACGAUGAAAGCACUCAGCUUUCUGAGGCCAGCAACCAGACCAUUCCUACUCCAGAAGCAGCCCACUCUCCCCACCCGGUCGUUCUCCAAGACAGCAGCCGCCAUGGCAGCAACCCCCAAGUUCGCCGAGGGCUCAGACGAGGCACGCCUGAAGCAGGAGCUGGAAGGACUCCUGGCCAACAACAGGUGGGCCCUCACGGCGGACGGGCAGGGCAUCGAGCGGUCCUUCAAGUUCAAGACGUUCGCCAAGACAUGGGACUUCAUGACGGCCGUGUCGCUGCAGUGCAAGAUUAAGAACCACCACCCGGAGUGGUCGAACGUCUACAACACCACUUUCAUCCGCUGGACGACGCAUAGCCCACCGGGCCUGUCGGCCAAGGACACGGAGCUGGCGGCCAUCUGCGACGGGUACGCGCAGAGCUUCGGGGAGGUCAGGGAGGAGCCCUCGUCUGGCGGGCAGAGCUGUCAGCUGAAGGGGCUCGCGGACCAUGUCGCUUCUACGUCUGGGGACUGCUGCGUCCCACCUAAGAAAUGAAUGAAGCUGACUGAGCCGAGGACGUGGCUGGCGGAGCUUGUAACAUAAGACGGAAAUUUCAGCAUCACAAUCCAUGGCAUUUGGAGUUCA